AGCGCGCAGCUGACGACUAUUUGUACCACGUGACAAGCGGAAGCUACAGUUUCUCUUCUCACUCUUUGCAGUAAUAGCAGCGGCCAUCGCUGUCAUCCUCGCAGCGUUGCUUUCAGCUCCGAUGGAGCGAAGCCGCGACAAAUGGUGAUGAUGGUGACGACGACUGCGCGGCUCGGCGGCAUCCGCACUGUUUAAACCCAUAACUGUCACCGUGUUUUUUUUUCUUUUUUGGUUCAAGUCGUUUGUUUUUUUGUUUUUUUUUUUUUUUUUUUUUUACAAGGGGGACGUGAGAGGAGCUCUCUUGCGUUCUUGUUGGAGAGGAUUUAUUUGUGGGGCGUAACGCAUUUUAUUGGGGGCCUCCUAGUCGUCGACCAGAGUAGGUUCCUUUGAUUGGUGCAGAUGUUGACCUUGAAUCCUAGCUGCCUGUUCCUAGAAUUUCUUUAAUUGGUGGUACAGUAAAGGUGGAGUUGGAUUUUUUUUUUUUUUUUUUUUUUUAAACUUGAAUUGAACCACUGAAGAAUUCAAUAUGGGACAGAAAGUUCCUGGUGGGAUAAAAACAGUUGAUAUGAGAGACCCUGCUUUUAGACCUCUGAAAUAUGAGCUACAAGCUCUGGAUAGCAGCAAACCUGCCCGGUUGGACAUGCUUUUGGACAUGCCACCUGCAUCGUACGAAAUCCAGAUACAACAUUCUUGGAACAAUGAUGACCGUUCAUUAAACAUUUUUGUUAAAGAUGAUAAUAAGUUAAUAUUUCACCGGCAUCCGGUGGCACAGAGCACAGAUGCAAUUAGAGGUAAAGUAGGAUAUACUCGUGGACUCCAUGUUUGGGAAAUCAGCUGGGCAAUGCGGCAGAGAGGAACACAUGCAGUUGUAGGUGUUGCGACAGCAGAUGCUCCUUUACAUUCUGUAGGAUAUACUGCCUUAGUUGGAAAUAACCAUGAAUCUUGGGGCUGGGACCUUGGACGGAACAAACUUUAUCACGAUGGGAAAAAUCAGCCCAGUAGGACCUAUCCAGCUUUUUUGGAGCCAGAUGAAACAUUUAUAGUACCAGACUCUUUAUUUGUAGUUUUGGACAUGGAUGAAGGAACUCUGAGCUUUAUUGUUGAUGGACAGUAUCUGGGAGUAGCAUUUAGGGGUUUGAAAGGCAAAAAACUUCAUCCUGUAGUCAGUGCUGUCUGGGGACACUGUGAAAUUCGUAUCCGAUAUAUCAAUGGACUUGAUCCUGAACCUCUCCCGUUGAUGGACUUGUGUCGGCGUGCAGUUCGGGUUGCCUUGGGGAAGGAACGCUUGGAUGAAAUCCACUCCCUGCCCCUGCCAGCUUCACUUAAGAACUACCUACUUUAUCAGUGAUGUUGCCUAUUCUGAUGGACUUGAAUGUUUGGGGUAAAGGAGCCUGAGAUCUGUCUUCCCCUUCUUACCUUGCAUCCUUUGUUUUUCCUUUAUGCACAGUCUUGAAGCUGUAUUUGUCCCCCAAAAAUAAUCCAGUGGUCCUCAACCUUAAACUAGCAAAUCAUACCACAUCUAUGAUGUGUGUGUACAAUGCAAAUGUUGCUUGUUUAAUUUGGUAUUACAACUUGUCAUUUUAAAUUAUGAAAUCUUUAAGACAGUUUUUUUAUUUUUUUGUCUGUAUUCUAAAUUUGGUUACUGCAGGGAAGAACAGCUGUAUCUGAGCAGUGUUGCACUAAGCCUCGCAUUGUCAGGUUUUUUACUGUAGACACCUUUUUUUUAAAAAAUAAAUAAAUAAAUAAAUAAAAAAAAAAAAUAAUAAUAAGCCUCUCAAGACACACAAGCUCAUGGUCUCCAUAGAGAGUCUUUUUUUUUUUUUUUUUUUUUUUUUUUUAAUAUGGCUACUUAUUUAAGACUGUAUUUGAGGGAAAUUUACUGCUUGUGUUCACAAAAGUACAGUAAACAAUGACUGGCAAAUGACCAUUCUUUUUGUAUAGCAUCAUUAUACUCACCAGUUCAUUUAGACAGAAGGUUUUAUUUUUAGGGUUUUUGUCCUAGGCAUUGUUCCUGAAGUUUUACAAUCUUGUCAAAAGUUAUUUUUUGCAUUUAUGUGGUAGGGUCUGCUUUAUUCAGUUAUUUUUUUUUUAAACUUAAAGCAUUAAGAAAGAGGUACAGGGAACAUUGUUUUUUUUUUUCUUUUUUUUUUUUUUAACCUUGCGUUGUAAGCUUCAAUGAAUUAAGUGCCUCUCCAACCUAAACUAAGGGUUGUUUUUACUCUUUGACUAGAUCUAGUUUGUGUUGAACUGGAACACUAAAUCUUGAUGGCAAGGUUGUAGACUGCAAAAUCUCCUCUCUCAGGAACUUUAUAUACUUUGUAUGGUGGUUUGUUACAUUUCAUAAACUGUCCAUGUUCAUGUUCAUGCAAAUGUACUGCUGAUGGAUUUUGGGCUACAAGGUGAAACUCAGAUAAUAAUCACCACUGAGCUGCUGCAGGUACCUGAUUUGUCCAUGAAAUAUUUAAAGCAUUUGCCUACAAUUGGAAGUAGAAAUGCAGACUGAGAAUGUUUGUUUGAAUCCUGGUUUGUAUAAUGAACCUUCCACAAUCUAAAAUUCCUUGUCAUUUGGCAGUUUUAUUUUAGCUGUGUGUAUGCUUGUUCUCCAAUCUGUCGUUUGUCAAUUCAGGCUAAUACUUUCAAAUAUUUUAAUUCCUGUAUACUGUAGAUAAUGUUCUUAACCUAAUAAUAAAGUUUAUUAUAAAUUAAA